AUAGUGUGUGUGUGUGAUGAUGAUGAUGGUCAAGACUGAAGUUGACUAACAGUAGAAAUGUUAAACCAAAUUAUAGGCCUGAUUGUGUUUGAAUGUUAUCUGCCUAUUUCCUGUCAGUUUUUGCACUGUGAGAAACACGCAUUUUAUGUAUUGAGCCAUUCAUUCAAACACAGAAUUGAAAGUGUGUUCUUGUCUUUCACAAAAUGGGAUGAGCACAAUGAUGCCUGUUUAGGUUUCAUCUUAGCUGUUCGAAGGCCUAGUAAUCUGACGCCUUAUGUAGUAUGUAGUAGACGUGUAUGUGGAUGUACUCUGUAAAGCAAGGUACAGGGGAACAGAAAUUACACUAUAUCAUACUCGUCAAACUAACUAUAGUGCUGUCCAUGAGGCUGAAGGACCGACCUCUUACUGAGAUGUCCACCGAUCUCCACCUAAUAGUUUUAAACAGAUCUGGGAAACCUGAAUGAUUUCUGACAAAGCAGCAUAUUUUUGUGUUAGAGAAAAAAAUAUAUAUUCAAAAAUAUAUAUUCAAAAAGAGAGUCGUUGUGUGCUCUGAAAAUAGCCGUGGUGAAAAUAGCGUGCUGGGCUUACUGUAACGCACAUAGUGUAUUAAUACUAAAUGUCAUCAGUUUUGCUCAAACAGCUGUGAUUAACAUGGGGGCCAUGGACAGGCUGUGUGGUUUUAGCAGACCUACAAGUGGUAGAGAAGGAUGCAGGGGACUCAAAUUAUAACCCCAGACCAUGCAAGCAAGGCAAACUGAAAAGCCACGUAAAUCAAAAUCCAACAAUGUACACCAACAUCAAAUGCACAGGACUACCAAAUUAAGAUUGUUAUACUGCAACCAGUAAGUCAAACUGAUUGUUUGCCUUUGUUAAUGUUGAUUAUUAAACAAAGAACGCAUUGUAUUUGGUGCUACGUAGCACAUCAAAACAUUAUCAGAUAAGUUUAUAACAAUUCACAGAAAAUUCAACACAGUCUUUGAUAGAGAUAAAGGAGAGGAAAAACAAUAGAAUACAUGGACAUCUAUAAUAAAAACAAUAUUGACUACAGGGUUUUUGGUUGUAUGUUAUAUUAAGCUUUGAACAACCAAGGGAAUGUAAUAAUCAUUCCAAAAAUUAUUUUCAGUGUGAUUUGAAUCUUACUAUCUACAGUAUUUCAAGUACCUGGUCAUUAUCAGACUGAUGCACUCUUCCGCUGUCCAAAAUCUACACAAGCCUGUCAGUGGAGGCUUGGCUUGUGUCCUCACUUCUCUUCAAGUUAAAACAGAGAUGUUGUGUCAGGGAGAGAUACCUGAGACAGAUAGGGCUGGUUUCCCAGACACUGCCUAGUCUUGGAUAAAAAAGGCAUUCUCAUACUGUGUCCUGUAAGCCAGACCAUAGGGUCAGGUAAUAGGGUAAUCUGAGUCUAGUAGCAGAGCUACUGUACCCAUUGUGAGGAAGAAUAUUUUGGUGAGAAAAACACAUUUGGUCAGAAAAUAUUAUAUUUACGAUUUCUCAAGAAUCCCCCCACCAACACUACUAUUGUCACAGGAGGUGUUUUAUCUCCUCUCCCUUAAUCUCCACAGCUGUUGCAGGAUUGCAAAAAGGAAGUGGCAUGAUUAUCUGUCCAGCUAAUCUACACACAGAUAAAACAGUUGUUUGGACAGAAAUGCAGCAGAAUUCAUUGAUGUAUGUGAGUCAUUAUUCCAUUGAUAUGGCUACAACUCAAGCUACUGGUCUGUUUUUUAAUUGACAUAUGUACACCACUACGUUUAUUUGAAGGGAUAGCAUAGUAUAGGGAAUAACAGGGGUACAAGUGCCGAACCUUGCUGAACACCACAUCCAAUGUACACACUGAUACUGGUCUGAGAAGUAGGAAUUAAACCAAUUUAAAAUGUGAAAUGACAAUGUUUAGUUAUCUGGCAUUGAAACAUGGUAAACAGGUUUAAUAUUAUAUUUGUAAUAUUCAUCUAGAUUUCCAUAGUGUAUGCAAGGCAUAUGAAUAUGGAUACCUGCACUUUAGCCACAAAAAAAAAAAAAAAAUGUGUUUGGCGAAAUUUGGUCACAAUGAGAUGCAAAGAUGCUGCCCACUGACAGAUGAUGCUAUGCUAAAAGACUUGACAGUUGAGACAGGCCUUGAAAUGAUUGGCUGGUUUGGGAGGCGACGCAAUUGAGCCUUAAUAAAUGUGAGAUGUUAGAAUCUCCCCCUGACAAAUCACCAAUGACCAGGAACCGCCACCAGACACACUGAGAUGUGUACACCCACAAAGAUAUACAGAAGUCAAAAUAUCAGGUUCCCUUUUAAUUUUCAGUCAUUGAGUAGGGCUAAUUUAUUUUAUUUUUUUAAUACAAAAUUUGAGUCCCAGAGAGUAGCUUGACUUACAAGUGGAUAAAGCUGUGUAGGCAGAGGGAGACAUUUUGGGUUUCGUUUGGUGAGAGGAAAUUUGGUAAACGUUGUGCAAUGGUGCGGGAAACGUUUUGAAAGAGUGUGAGAAACAAUUGAAGCUAAGUGCCUGAAGUAGGUCGGUUCAAGAAGAAGCCUUCAUGUUGCAUCCGUACAGAAUGGAGGGGUACCUCAUCUCACCUGGUCCUCCAUCAGAAGACAUGUACGAACCCGACAUCUAUAGACAACAGAUGUCAGAAUAUUCAUAUCCCUAUGUCAUCGAUGCAGAGAGUCAAGGAGAUCACUGGGACUAUCACACCACUCAUCAUGCCCAUCCUCUGGACUUUGACAACCUCCCAGGGGGCCACUUCACUGAGCUCCAGAGUGUCCAGCAACUACAUCUACCCAGUAUGGCUCGUUACAGCGAUGUUGACACUCUCUCUCUGGACCCUGGCCUUGGGGGACACAACCAUGCCCUACCCCCACCGGUGCCAUAUUACCCUCGUGCCAUGGGCUACUUGCACCCCUCUCCUCAGACGAUGAGGAGCUCAGACGACGAGGAGCCAGGAGGCCGCAGCCCUCCACUAGAAGUGUCUGAUGAGGAGUGUCUGAGGGACCACAUCGCCCACGUAACAAGGGGAGAAUUGGGCAACAAGAAGAAGAUCCGUCUGUACCAGUUCCUGCUGGAUCUGCUGAGGAAUGGGGACAUGAAGGACAGUAUCUGGUGGAUGGACAGGGACAAGGGCACCUUCCAGUUCUCCUCAAAACACAAGGAGGCACUGGCACAUCGGUGGGGCGUACAGAAGGGCAACCGCAAGAAAAUGACCUACCAGAAGAUGGCACGGGCUCUUCGCAACUACGGCAAGACAGGCGAGGUCAAAAAGGUAAAGAAGAAGCUGACUUAUCAGUUCAGUGGUGAAGUGCUGGGGGGGAGGUCUCACUUGGAGAGGAGGCCAUAUUCCCAAUUGUAGAGGGAGAAACAUAGUGGAAGUCCUGAAGAAGGGUAGAGAGAGAGAUAGAGAGAGAGAGAGAGAGAGAGAGAGAGAGAGAGAGAGAGAGAGAGAGAGAGAGAGAGAGAGAGAGAGAGAGAGAGAGAGAGAGAGAGAGAGAGAGAGAGAGAGUUAACUGUAUAUAGUAUUCAAGAUGGUUAUCAAUGUAAUAAUUAUUGUUUGUGUUCAAAUCAACAAUAACUGUUUUUGCUGCUCUUGUAAAAAGCAUUUAUGUGAACUUCAUUUUGACUCAAUGAUUGCACACACAUCUGGACCUUUUACAUUCCAUUAGCACUUAGAAAUAGGGCUGUUUUAAAUGAUACUGUCAAUCAUUAUCACCAGAAUGCUUACAGGAGUGGUAAUACAGAUGACCACUAGAAGUCCUCAGAGAUCUCCUUUCUUCUACGCACUGUUGGACUCACUGACCAUUGUGUACAUUUGACAUCAAUUAGACUAGAUGCAACGUUAACAAAAAGACUGAUAAAGAACUCUUUAGCAUUAAUGACAUUGAUUUGAUACUCUGAAAUGCACUGACUUUGGAUAAGCAAUUCCUAUUGCUUAACCUUUGCUGUAGCGGCAUACAAACACAACAUAUUAUACGUUAGCUUUUGCUAAUCAGAUUUGAGUAUUCAGUGGUAUAAAGCUUGUAUAUUUUUUAUUUAUUUAAUUUUACCUUUAUUUUACUAGGCAAGUCAGUUAAGAACAAAUUCUUAUUUUCAAUGACGGCCUAGGAACAGUGGGUUAACUGCCUCUUCAGGUGCAGAAUGACAGAUUUGUACCUUGUCAGCUCGGUUACUAGUCCAACGCUCUAACUACUAGGCUACCCUGCCGCCCAUAUUUGUAUGAUGGUAUUGCAUGUGUAUUACAUACUAACUCAUGUUAGCUCAAGACUUUGGCAAGUAAACCCUUCUGAACAUAACCUGCAACCUUUCCGGACCCUCCCCUUGACUAUUACUUCCCUGUCACAUCCCAUUGACUUGUUCCUGAAAUGGGGGAGGGUGAAGAGGCUUGUGACCCAGCCCUUAUCAUCUGCUUGUGUUCAAAGAUGAAGCACAGACCCUUGCCUCCUCUGAGCUAAGGUGCAAUGUAUUCCUAGCCUAAGAAUACCAACACUCUAGCCCCAGACCCAUUGACCGCUCUGUUUGGUACAGUUGAUGGGAAUAACCACGAAGGGAAAGCUGUCUCUCUUUGUACUCUAUUAGCCAAAAGGCUCAUAUUGCAAUUUUGGAAACUGGAGACUGUACCCACCUUUGAAAUGUGGUUACGGGAUUUAGGGAAUGUAAUACAUAUGGAAAAGAUUCGAUACAAUACCUCCAAUAGAAGUCCAAUGUUUUACAAAAUAUGGCAGCCGAUACUGGAUGAAUGGUCUCGUCCUGCUUCAUAACUGGGCUGACGAUCUGCUGCUACUCUGUGCUGUACUCCACUCAAUAUCUAUUUUUGGCUUAACUACACUGCUUGUAAUGACUAGAUGCUGUCUUCUUAUACAUGUACCACCUAAUAGGAUUUAGUUUUAUUCUGUGUAUGUGUGAGUUAAGUUGUGUUUUGUCCUCUAAAUUGGCCAUCCCAUUCAACAGUACAAUGAAUGUCAUUGUUAGUAUUGCUGUCUUUUUUAUUCGAUUUUUUAUUGUAAAAUAAUAAACAUAUUAUAAAAAAUAAAUAAAAAAUACCAACACAGGGA